AUGGACAACCAACCGCGGCUAAUCAGAGGUGUCGCCUACAACGCAGACCUGGAGUACGCGCGGUUCCAGGCGCGUACAAUGGGACUACCGCCGCGGCCGGAGCGAAGGCCUGGUGUCGUGCCUUCACCAGCACCGCCGGUCGAGGAUGAAGCUGCAGCCCCCCCGGUGAUUUCGCUCGGGCGCAACGGCACCGCAGGCACCGGGCGCGAGAUAAACGUGCCCCCGGCGAUCAGGCUCUACCACCUCGGGCGGGACCUGCUCGGCCAUGUGCUCACCGUGCUAGGCGCGGUCGCGGGCUUCAUCAGCGCCAUCUGGCAAGCAAUGAGCGACGUGGCCGGGCCCCUUUUGCACUUCGCCACGCAGUGGGCCAUCUUCCUCAUAUUUGUCGCGUUUGCCGCAUGGGCCACCAUCCCCGCCGUCUUGCGUACGCUCGUGGCCGCACACAGGUAUGUCGCAGUGUUUUUCACCAGCAUUCUAGAGGCGCUGGGUUGGGCGUUCGGCCUGGACAUCCAGUGGCCGCUUGGCACCCUGAUCAGCUACACGCUGCGUCCGGAAUAUACAAGUAGAGCGGUGACCGGGAUGGCCUAUGCCCUUGAACCUGGUGUGUGCCCUGUCGGUGAUACGAUCCGCGGUCCACCCUACGGCGCCGCAGCCCUAUCCUCCACAGACUUCAUGUUACCCUACCCCUUUAGCCUGCCGCCAAUUCGUAUAGUCUGGAACAUAUUAUGGGCUCUACUCGUCGCGCCGAUCUGUGCACUGGUAUGGAGUUUAGCAGCAGCAUUAGCGUUUGAUUUACAAGUCUCGUCCAGUGAGGACGACGACCUUGACCCGUAG